AGUACACACCGCGUGUGCUGUGUGGUUAUGUCGUCGUAAGUGCGUGUAAACACUCUUCAAAGUUUGUUAUACAUGACUCGGUAGUUGUAGGAUUAUACUUUUCUCAAUUGAAUAAUAUAGUGUUUAGAGAUCUGUUUGUUCUUUCGUUUUUAUUUUAUUAGUAAAACUUUACGUUAUGGAUUUUUACGACAUUUAUCGUAAGUUGACAGGACACAGUCCUAGAGUAGGCUUUAGGACUAAGGAGCAAAUAGAAAAGAUGAACAACAUAACUACUAACAAAGCACCUAAUGUUUCAACUGAUUUGAAUAAGCCCAUUAAGAGAAGUCACUCUCUUGACAACAUCGAAGAGAAUUCUAGCGAUGAAGAUGAGCUAACUCUGUUGGAUGGAAUCAAAUCAAGUACCAAAACUGAAAAUUCAAAGCACAAAAAGAAGAAAAAAGGUGAGACUGGGAAAAGUAAGAAGCAAAAACUAGCAGAAUUGGAGCAAGAAAGGAUAAAUCGCUUGAGAAAUGUUCACCGUAUCACUGCUGUGGGGGAGAACCCUCCCCCUCCAGUAGAGAGCUUUGAACAGUUACAUCUGGAGUACAAAGUGAGCAAUAUUAUCAUCAAGAACUUAGUUGCUUCUGGGUAUGAAACACCCACCCCCAUCCAGAUGCAGGCCAUCCCAGCAAUGAUACAGGGGCGACAGAUCCUAGCCUGUGCUCCCACAGGAUCGGGGAAGACGUUAGCUUUUCUGGUUCCCAUCCUGCAGAGUCUGGCCUCACCCAAGAACUCAGGAUUCAGAGCCCUGAUUGUCUGUCCUACCAGAGAACUGGCUCAGCAAACGUUUCGAGAAUGUGCUUGGCUCAGUGAGGGCACAGGUUUGAGGGCGCAAGUCAUGAAGAAGAGUGCUUCUUUGGCUAUGUCUAACAGAACCUCUGAUUUCACUAAUAAAAACGAUAUAUUAAUAACAACACCAAACAGAAUUGUGUACAUGCUGAAACAAGAACCCCCACUUAUAUCUUUAAAAAGUGUCCAGUGGCUUGUUGUGGAUGAAUCAGACAAGCUGUUUGAAGCUGGAAUCCGAGGGUUUAGGGAUCAACUGGCUGAGAUCUACAAGGCAUGUGACUCAGAACACGUGCGACGUGCCUUUUUCAGUGCUACUCACACAGUUGAGGUUGCCAAGUGGUGUCGGAAACAUCUCAAGAACCUCCUCUUGGUCACAGUUGGUCAAAGAAAUACAGCAGCUGAUUUGGUCCAGCAGGAACUAAGAUUUGUUGGAUACGAAGAUGGAAAGAUGAUUGAAUUUCGCAAAAUAGUUCGAGAGGUAAGAUAUACUGUAUAAUCAUGAAGUUUCUUAAGAUAAU